UCUUCUCUAAUAUUUCAAGAUGGUAGCUUUUGAGGUGGAAAUUCCUGCGUCCAUUGUUGCGUCUUUGCACUCCCUCAUGGACGCCCAUCAAACAGGAUUCCGUGGAUUACUCAUGGGUAGAAUAGAGAACUCGUCAGCUAAAUCAAAUUCUGACACACUAGCUGAGAUGCUUAGCAGAUCAGUUCUGAUUAGUAUAACUGGAUGCCUGGUAGUAGAAGAUGACCGCAAUGUAUUUGUCGCUUACAAUCUAGAUAAUGCUGGGCUUGUUCAGCUUGUCAGAGAACAGAUAACAGAUGAAUUUAUAUUGCAAGGCUUGGCACCUAUCGGAGUUGUAAAGUUUAGUCCUGGUGUUGAUUCUCCUUCACUUAAGGAUAUUCGGUUUACUCAUCAGAUGCAUCUUCUAGACGGGGGAAAAAAGAAGAUUUUGUUCCAUAUUUACGGAGAAAAUUCUGUGGACGCAUUGACUUACAAGACUAAGAUCUUAUUGCUGAGUGGUGAAGAGCAGUGGGAACAGAUUACUCAAGUUAAUGUUCCUGAUCUUGGUCAACCUUUAGAUCCCCGGUAUAUGCCUCAUCUACCCUACCCUUUACUCACAGAAAGAACCAGUCUUGAAUCUGGUUUCCAAAGGAACGAAGUUCUUGUGUCUGAACUAUCUGACUCCUACAAUCUGCUAAAUAAAAUGGCAGAGGAACUAUUCUCUAUGCACUCACUGGCAUAAUACUGAGCCUGAAAUUUAAAA